AUGGAGUUUUUGCCCAGAUUGAAAAAAAAAAUACGCAAGAAAGAGGUAGUACAACCUGAAGAGUAUGUGAACUUUAUUGAGGAAAACUUCACUGCGUGGAACAUAGCAGACCCUCAGACAGUUACUGUAUGCGACUGGCGUAAAGAAUCCAGAAAGUAUCUGAAACCACCUGGAUCUUGGCAUUUCCAGUUUAAUCCUUCAAAAAGAUUUUUCAUGAAGAAGACCAAAAAUGGUAUCAGUUUAAAAGGAGAAGUUAAUUAUAAAAGUGAAUGUGGUAUUCCGCGGACUGUCAACAAAAAAGGGAGUGGUACUCCUAACUCUAUCAAACCCUCAAUAGUAACUGUGGGUAAACAAAUUAAUGACAAAAAGUUAAAAAAGUAUCGAUGGACUACUAAAGAAGCACUACAGAACGACUAA